AUGGGCGUUGGCAAUCACCUUGACCCCUGUGCAAAGCAACUCCUCAAAGUCCAACCCAUCGAAUCAGGUGUAGAAGCUUUAACUUUCAAAGCUUCCUUCCUCAAGCGGUCUUGCAAUGGGACUGAUUUCAGAUCCUUGCUUCUAUCGACUGAGAGGGUUUCCUUCCAAAACAAUCGUCCUGAAUCACCAUAUCAAUUACCACAUUCAUUCGGAAUUACAUUGCGACCUCCCCGGAAGAAUAUCAAGUUUUAUAUUUGUAUCUUACUGCUAACGGCGGCCGCCAUUGUGCUCAUCUGCUUAGCAGCAAUUGGCUUUGGAGGAAGAAAACAUGCGACCGCAUCUAGCGUCCUCAAUCCGAAUCCUGACUCCGACCCAAGCUCAAUUCCACCCCGAGAGGUGUUUGGAUCUUCUGAAUAUCGUGGCAAUUGGUCUAACUCCAAUGCGGACGUGGCUCAAGUAGCUUUCGAUUUCGUCCCUCCAGUGGAUUCAACCAAUGGACGAGGUCUUGGAUGGACGGUCUUGUUUAUUCAUGGACUUGGUGCUUUUAACGCUUCAGACGGCUAUCGAUGGCGCGAUUUUUUGCUUUCAAGCUACUCCGAGCCCCUCACUAGAAAUACUUUCGGAAAUCUGACUGGGCUACAAUUUAUUUUUCCAAAAGCUCCCGUGCGACCCAUCACUGUAUAUGCCGCACAGAAGGAUAGAGGGGCCCGGCCCGGUUGGUUUGACAUCAAAGACUGGAGAGACCUGCAUUACUUAGAAGAUGAAGAAGGCCUACGCCAAAGCGUUAUUGGACUCUCGACUAUUCUGAAAAACGAAGCACUUUCAGGUAGAAUUCAAUUAAACCAGACCAUUAUCGCGGGCUUCAGCCAAGGUGCAGUGAUGUCAAUUUUAUUAACCCUGACGCUACCACAACCUCCGACCGCUUGUAUUAUGAUGUCCGGAUAUUUGCCACUACCGCUUCGUUUAGCUGAUUUGAGGUCAGCUUCACCAGCCGAAUAUAAGCAAACUUCGCUCUACUGGCUCCACGGCACCGAUGAUGCAAUACUAAAUUAUAAUCAAGCGCGGGCUGGAAUGAAAUUGUUCAGUGCGCUCUUCUCGGAUAGAUUCCUAAGAGCAAAAUUCAAGACUUUCCCGGGCUUGAAGCAUGGAUUCAACGCGGAUGAGCAAAAGGUCGUCUCGAACUACGUCGAUGGGAUGGUCUCUCGACACACUGGUGGCUCUUUUGAUUCGACUUUGGACGCGACAGUUCAACCCGAGAACGAAGGCGACGUGAUUCAAUUUCCCUCCCCAUGA